AUGGUUACAAAUAUUAUGGGAAAGUCCUUUAGAGGCAACCAGCUGGUCUCGAUUGGCCUCGCAUCCAAGUUCUAUGCUCUGGGCAUCAACAAUGCCAUUAAGAUCUGCUCCAAGCUGGGAAUUUACCCCCAGAAGCGCAUGCAUCAACUAGACGAACAAGAUGUGUUAUCCAUAGCUAAAGAAUUAACAACAUAUACGAUUGAAAAUGAGGCGCGAAAUGAGCUACGUGCAAAUAUUACUCUCAAGCGUACCAUUGGUAGUUACGCUGGUCGUCGUCACGCUUUAAGUCUGCCAGUGCGUGGUCAAAGCACACGCAACAACGCAAAGACAGCCAAGAAGCUGAAUCGUCUGGAGCGCCGGGGCUAA